GACAACUUAUAAGCUACAAAGAAAAUCAUAAGAAAAGGAUCCAGGGGAUAUAGACAAUAAUAGUCUAAAACCCUAUAAAAAGAAGAAAGAAGAAGAAAUACCAAACAUAUCCCCAAUACCACCUUGGUACGAUAUUUCAGAAAAUAUACAAAUAGAAUUUAUGAACAACAUAACAAAAGAUACUCCUCAAAUAAUUAUCCAAAAACAAUUCCAGGAAUUGAUAAAUAUCAAUUAUAAAGACUUUAACAGAAUCUUCACUGAUGGUUCAAAAAUAAAUGAACCAGACUCAACUUCAGCAGCUAUAUACAUCCAAAACAAAAAUAUAACAACCAUUUGGAAAUUGCCUCCUAAAAUAGAAAUCACCCACGCAGAAUUAUUUGCCAUAAAACAAGGACUAAAGUAUGUAAUAAAUAAUAAACUGACAAAAACAAUAAUACUAACUGACUCACAGUCAUCCCUACAAUUGAUAAAAAACCCUAAACCACUAAAUUAUAAACAAAUCACAUAUGAAAUACAAAAACAAAUACACUUUCGCACAACACGAAAACAAGAGAUUAAGAUACAGUGGAUUCCAUCACACAAAAACAUUAAGGGAAAUGAAAUUGUCGAUCUAGCGGCAAAGAAGGCCCAUGAAAUAAAUAAUCCCAUGUCUAUACCACCAGAUCCAAAUUAUAUCAUAAAAGAAACUAAGAAAAAAAAUAACAAACAAUGGGAAUCAAACUUAAAAAGAAUCCUAAGUACAAAAAAUUAUCUCAUCAAAGACAACUCAGAAAAACCAUGGACUAGAGCAAAAUAUAGAAAACUAGACACAUGCAUCACAAGACUCAUAACCAAACACACAAGACUGAAACAACAUCUUUACAGAAUGAAAAUGGAUAAUGACCCUUUCUGCAGAUGGUGCAAGAACCAAGAAGAGACAAUAGAACACAUGUUGUUAUACUGCCCAAGAUUCAACUCCCAUAGAACAAAUUUAAAAGAUGCAUUAAGACGAGUCAAAAUUAAUGAUAUUGACAUUAAUCUUCUGAUUACAGGUGCAGAUCAACCAUCUAAAAUAAAGUAUUACAUAUUAAGACACACAAAGAUCUUCCUACAAACAACUAAAUUAUCUGAGAUAAUUUAAGAAACAAGAAGCCUAGAAAAAGAAGUUCCAGGGGAUAUAGACAAUCAGUCGUCUAAAACCCUAUAACAAGAAAGAUGAAGAAGAAGAAGAAGGAAGAACAGAGUCUAAAACCGACUCCCACUCAAACCGCCAUAGAGUGAACAAGUAAAAUCUUGAGCUCGAAGUGAAGUGAAGGUAAAGAACUUUAAAUGGACAAAGU